UUUCUUCAGGAUAGCCACGCCGCUAGACACAUCGUUUCCUCUGUUGCUGUUGUUUGCCAAGUGACAGUUGUUUAACUCUCUCAUUCGACGCUCUUUUUUCUUUCUUUCUGCCCCAGCUCCGGCUUUCCGUUUUCUUAUCACCGCUUGUCCCUGCAGCGCUGCUAGCCUUUGUCGAUUGCCUACUAAGCCGGUGCAAGGCCCGUUCUAGUUCGCUGUCUCCGUGCUACGCUUGCACAUCGUGAAUCACGUCGAUUGCCUCGGCUUCGCGAAGCGAUAUCCAAUGCGACUUGCCUAGGGUGACGCUUUUAGCUGCUCUGUUCGUCGGCCCCUGUUGUCUGUGGAGUUGCUUUGGUUAUGGAGGACCAGCUUCUGUCUCCAGGUGGUCAGACUGCCCAAUGGAGUCAUUCCUCGAGCCUCGUCAAGGGCCAACCAAAGGUCUCCCAAGAAGUGGUUGCUGAAGAAAGUCCACCUCCUUCACUGUCGUCCAUAUUUGAGACUGCGUUUGGCGCCACUGUGACGCAGUCGUCGGCUGAACUGCCAAAUGUUCCCGAGAUGCCUAUUGAAUGUGGCUCUCCUCUCUUUGCCUCUGCCGACGAAGAUGCCGACAGUGCAUCCAUUCGGCUAGACCACGGAAGUCUCCGUGACAGCCGCUGUAACUAUCGCCGCGCCACCUCUCCACCACCAGCGGUUCCCCCGUACUCCCCUUACACCCCCCCUCCAGCACCGCAGGAGUUCUCCCCCUUCUCUGCGCCCCCUCCUCACCCGCUCCUUUCCCUGACUGACAUUCGCAUGGACCUUCGGCUAGCCCCGAGAAGUGGCAGUGCGACGGCUUUCUUGUCUGCCGCGAAUGUUGCUCCUCAGAACCAGGAAUGGCAUCCAAGCAGUAUCGUCACGCCGGGCAUUGUCUCGACCAGCGUCUACACUUCGAGCGUGGUUUCGCCGGACGUUGCCUCGCCCUGUCUGGUGUCGGCGGGGGGCCUUGAGAGUGCCGAGGCGCGCCACCGCAAGCGCUUGCUCAGCGAGGGUGAGAGCAGCCACUGCAAAAAGGAGAAGCCACGCAAGGUGUACCCUCAGCUGCCCUCGUCCUACUCUGCCUCCGUGUCAUCGUGCCGGAAGGUAGACGGUCGCCGGCGGAGCUCCGAGAGCGAAGACGGCGCGUCUGGUGGCAGGCGUGAGGAGAGGUGUGGCUCUGAGCAGAGAAGUGGCUGCGUGUCGCCGUCGCCGAGUGCAGAAACAGCAGCCGGGGCAGCUCAGCAGGGUGGAGCUUACAGAAAGGCUACGAAGGCGUCAUCUGAAAGUGACAGUGAUGCCGACAUAAUUGUCACCCCACCCAGGCCCCGUUCUGCCCAUCAGUCUAGGCCACUGUCGCAGGAUCCUUGUGGCGAAGAUCACAGCUAUUCGGAAAAUCGGCCUGUUAGGGAGCAUCGGAGUCACCGCAGGGGGUCAUCAAGGGAUCAGCCGAGUACAUCUCAGGGUGCCGAGGGAGGCCAACUAGAGCCUGGGCAGCUAGGCCCGGACUGCAUCUGGCCUUCGGCACCGGAUCUCCAGCUGGAUUGCCUUAUCAGUGAUGACGAUGAUGACAGCAGCAGUGUGGAGCUCGUCAGUGUGGAGCUUCCCAGAAACUACCGUCGACCAGCCUCACGUCAGGCACUUGGCAAUGGCGGCGGACACCCUUCCACUUCUGGUUCGAGCCACGGCGGUGCUUGCGAUUUGUCACGCCAUGCAUCGCGGCGGUCCCCAAUGUCUAGAGGACCUCUGGAGCACUCUUUGGCACAGCAAACCGCCGGCGGCAACAGUCGGGGGCUUUCCCGUCACGGUGCCGCAGCAGCUGCAUUUGUGGACUUGACGCAGUCGGAUGAAGAAAGUGGUGCUGCCGCAAACGGCAGUGCCAAUGACGGGGCUGGUCUGCCCAGGGGUGGACGAGGGUCACCUGUGUUGCCAACGUUUUCCUCGGCGCCAUCUUCCGCGUUGCACUUUGGGCACGUGAACGCUAUGCACCCGUGCGGUGAACGUCCCCUCCCUCCGGGCAGAGAGCCGUGCUUCGUCCGCAUGCACAGGGGCCUCCCCUCGUGCCCACUGCCGCCAUCGGGGGGUAGCCGGGUACUCCCCAGCCACAUGCACGGGUAUCCCGCCCAGCCGUACGGGGUGACCCCACAGCCUCCCACGUCUUCUAGCCUGGUCUCUGGCUUUGCCAGCUGCCGGUUUCACGGGAGCGCUGCUCCUGCAGAACCACUGCAGCAGCAUGUCCACUGCAACGUUGAGAGUGGCGACUCCUGUGCACGCACCAUGGGUACUGCAGCGCCCACUGCUGAGCCUUGCAGAAGCUAUGGUGGCUGCUUUAGCCAUGCAGGGCCAUCCAAUAUGGUGAUGGGUCACACUCACGUGUAUCCAGCAUCUGCAAGCUCCCACGUCACCUACCUGGCUCCACCAAAUCCUCCCCCACCUCUGAAUGCGGGUGUGGGCCCUGGCCUGAACCUGGGGCUGGGACAGCCGAGCUCGCCGUACCAGGCAUUCACCCCCAUGGCACCUGCCGCCCACUUCGAGAUUCCGCCUCCCUCCUCGGCCGCUGUGUUCGCUCGGAUGAACCCGUCGCAUUCCAGGCUCUGGCAGAGUCAGCAGAGAAUGCAAGAGAUGCAGAGGCGGUGCAUGUACCAGCACACCCUGUACAUGCAGAGGCAGCAAGAGGCGCUAGCUCUUCAACGCAUGAUGGAAGCCCAGCGGGCAGCUGCAGGGCUGGCGGCAGGCGCUGCCGCCGCCGUUGCUGCAGCUGCAGCUGCUGUCGCCGCCCCUCCUAUUCCCGCCAUGGCACCAUCGGCGCCACCUGAGAGCCUGUACGUGUGCACCAAUCCAGAGCGGGGGGCACUCCUGGUGGCACAGAGCACGAGGGACACGACGGUGGUUCCCCAGCCUGUCCCCGAGGGACACGGCGCCCGGGGGGCGGCCUCUUCCUCGUCUGCUGAGAGCAGCGGGGGAUGCCAGGCGACACUGAGUCCGCCCCCGGUUCAGGUGGCCAGCGAGGCGGUUGUGCUGGACCCCAGUGUUGAGGCUGAGAUGGUCUUCGCAUCCCCCACUGGUGCUGGAGAGGCAAGUGGGGGCCAUGCUCAUCUGCAUCACCACAUCCACCAGCACCACUACCACCACCCGCCGACACCACCACAGAUCCACUCCUUCUCGCCCCUUACCUUGGCCCUGCCACCUAGUGUGGCUGCUGUCUCUCAAAGGUUCCCAGACCUGUAUGCCAUUUCGGCGCUGUCUGAUAUUCCUCAGUACGUCUCGCUGCCCCAUUACAUGCCCCUGCUCUCAAGGCAUGUUCAGGAAACCAUGAGGUUGUUUGAGCAUCGUCGCAUGGUAGUGAACCGUGGGGCUUCGCAGAACACUAUUGAACGAAACACGUUUCCUCACAAAUACAAAAAGAUUCCACGAAGCGGUGGUGACAGUGAGGACAACGUGGAGAAGUGCACCAUCUGCCUGAGUGAGUUUGAGGACAACGAAGAAGUCAGGCGUCUGCCGUGCAUGCACUUGUUCCACAUCGUCUGCGUGGACCAGUGGCUGACGACCAACAAGCGCUGCCCAAUCUGCCGCGUGGACAUCGAGGAGCACCUCAAGGACUUUGGCAUCUCCUCAUCAUGAUGCUGUCCUUCCUCCGUCACCUGCUGUGGUGCCCACCGCUGCUGUCCAGUACAGAAGCUGCAGGCCCAGCCGCACUUCUCUGAGUGGCCUUUCCUUGUGUGUGUUUACCCUGUGCUGUGUUUUUUAUAUCUCCAUCUCAAAUAAGAGUGAUGUUUGUUGACAGCCUUUUUUUUUUGUUGCUCAUCCCCUCGUACCACGUUGAACUACAGUGCAGCGGCUCUGCUGACAAUGCUAGUCUGUUCUUCCGUUGAGGGACUGUGACACUCUCUGUUCUUAGGGAAGAAAGCCUCCGGGGUGCUUUGUUCGGCCAAGGAGCAAGAGUUUGGUGGAAAGGGCACGCUUGUUUUUGUUUUGUUGCUGCUAAUCCUACUGGUGCACCGAAUGCUGUGUAAAUGAAAGUGCCGGGUAUGCACAACUCCGGCUAAACCACGGGCUCAUCCGCAGUCUACUUUGCACAUGGCAAAGGCAUUUCAGGAUUAAUGGGAGUUUUAUACUGUGUUUUGGUGGCUACACAUGUCUGUUUUGUAACGAAUGGUGAUGCGAGACAAAAAAAGAUAGGGAGUGCUGUUUGCAAGAAUGGAAUUGCAGCACGAUCUGUCAUGGCAACGGUGAAACACUGCUCACGUGUGACGUCUUGCUCUAACAACGAUGGGUGGCUCAACCGCUCUGUUAGUCUCCAUCUUUUGUUGGAUAUCACCACAGAAAACACAUAAUGCUUGUGGUUUGUUUUGAAAGAAAUAGGCAGGUAAUGAAUGCAAGUGUCCUAUUAAACUUAAAUUGUGUGCACUGCAAAGUGCCUCUUCCGUGCAAAACUUGAGCUGCAGUGAGCCAGCAGUUUAGAGAGUGGUUUGCAUACGGUGCUCUUAUUUACGCAACAUUAUAUAGGUCUAGGAAUUUGAGUGCAGUGAGUGCUAAUGUAGGGCAUGGUUUCUUCAUUCCUAUAAUUCUUACAGUGUGCCUCUUAUCACUUGCGUGUUUGCUGCAGGCUUCAUUGCAUGGUUGCCGAGUAACCAGAAAGUCCCUACGAAGGGGACAGCUGUGAAAUUGCCGAGACUUAUCGUAAAAUGCUUGUGAGAAAAAGAAAAAACGGCUGAAGGCUUGGCGAGCUCGUCUGGAAGCAAUGUAUCUUGUUAGUAAAACUCGUGGGUUUGCACAAAGGAUGAAUUUUGUUUUACACAGGAAAAGGUUCAGUAACCUUUUUGGGCUGGUGCAGAAGUUUGUUGUGGUACAAGUUUGCUGUGCCCGUGUAGAAGUUUCUUUCCUGAAGUGUGACAGCGCCUCCUCUUCGUUUGUGUUUCAUGCAAUCCAAGUUUGUGCCUGCAAACUAAGCUUGGCUUACAAGUGGUUACAAGUUGAUCGCAGCAGCAGCUAGCAUCAGUUCUUUUCAAAUUUUAUCUAGAAUUUUUUAGGCAUUGCCAUAUUUUUUUUUAAAGUUCUGAAUACGAAACACUGCUCGUUGUAGGAAAAUCGGCUUUCCAUAGACCCAGGCAAGAUCAGCCAGAAUUCCAAGUUGUAGCUGUUAACAAUGGGUUAAGUUUAGACACAUGCACUGCUAUAUGCUGCAGAUUUCAUACAGUCAUCCAAAGAUGUUUUCUUCUUCAUGAUGCACUUUAUGAGUCGUAUAUAUUCCAGACCUCGGCUUUCGUUGCUGGUUUGUUGUACUCUGUUUGUUUGUUUUAUUUGUGCAUGUGGUUACAGGGCUCUUUCAAAUGGUUUCCAGAUGCCAUCCUUGUCUGCCACCCUGUAAAGGAUGAGCUUCCAUAUUCUUUUUUUUUAUUACAAUUGGUCAACGUACAGAGUCUUGCAACAAAGCCCCUGUUCUGUCACUUUCGUCUUUCUGUUCUGUCUUCAGACCUUCUUAGGCUUUAUGUAAACUACAUGUAUAGAAGUGCUUGUACUACGCUGCUGUUACCUUAUUUGCAAGGUUAGGUUUUGUUUACAUGGUUGUUAGAAAGGUCGAAAAUGCUUGACGCACGUUUUAAUUGAUUGCUCAAAGAACAUGUUGUGUUUUUGCAUGAGGCAUUGCGCUUCGCCACUUGGGUGCAGUUCUAGGGCUCCUACAGCUGCCGAAUUUGUUUUCUCAAAAGCCACCAGAGGAGGUUUUGUUUGUUAUGCGUGAAGGCCGGUGUUGUUUCAAUUAACAGGAUUGUCUGAUCUUCUAGGAUAAUUUUGAAUACCCAGAAUAAUGUUUGUCUUGAGAAUUCUGGCUAUUCCAUUGGGGCUGUGUGGAGAAUGUAUUUCACACAUACACAACCUCUUGCAUACCUUCUUCUAUUGGCAUAAAUUCAAUAGGUACAAUAAAUAACUUACUCAGUCAUUUUAAAUGCUCUGGAUUUGUUUAUGUGGGUGAGCUGUGGUGAAAUCAGUUGUUGCUGUGGCAGUAGUAAAACAAGCUCAGCUAACCUGUUUGACAAGAACAUGAGUGACAUUAAUAUGUAUUGUUUUUUUAACCAGAUCAACCAAACCUUUCAUUUUGCCUAACAGGUUCCGUCAACUUUUUCGUCCUUCUAAACAACACAACAAAUACAGUGACUCUUAGAUUAAAGCACGUUGGUGGGCUAGUUGGUUAGCAUCCAUGAUAGAAUGUGUAAGUGCAACUGAAAGAGGACGUCGAAAGAAACUGACACACAGAGAGAGCACCACUUUCAACUGUAGCAAUUUAUUUUCGCACGAACUGAUAAAUACGUACCAAGCAAGUGGAAACGAAGUAGAUAAAAAGGAACAUUCAGUGGUGCAUACCGAAGAACCGUGCACGUGUCUGAGGCAUGAUCAAAACAUACACUGCGAUAGUUACAGCGAUAAACAGAGGAAUCGUAUCCCUUUUUCAGAUAGUGAUAUUGAAGGCUUGACUAUGGGUCUUUCUUCUAAUUUUGCAAUUUCAUAGGACUCCACAAUCUCCCUUGUCGUCCUGCUAUGAGCCCUAUACAAAAUAGACAUACUUUAAAACAGGGGAUUGGAGCCACAAUUAUGGCACCAAAUGCCCAAACGGCGCAUACUUUAGUGACAUUAUAUUGAUGCUCCUUUAAUCUCUGAUCGAUGAAGCUUGACCAUUCUUUUGUACAGAAGUGGAAUGGUGUAGACAACCUUAUGAAUGCAGGUUACAAAAUGCCUGCCAUGUUGUGUAGAACAUGCAUAUGUCUCGUUAUUCUCUGAAUUAACCUGUUUGCAUAGCUUCUGUAGAUGCUCAGAAGUCACAAGGUGCCACAAUCUGCCUUAUCAUCCUGCUCGUAGCAGGAUGAUAAGGGAGAUUGUGGAGGCCGAUGAAAUUGCAAAAUUAGGAGAAAGAUGCAUAAUCAAGCCUUCAGUGUCUCUAUUUGAAAAAAGAGAUAUGAUUCCUCAGUUUAUUGCUGUAACUAUUGCAGUGUAUGUUUUGAUCAUGCCUUAGACACGUGCACAGUUCUUUGGUAUGCACCAGUGAAUGUUCCUUUUUAUCUCUUUUGUUUCCACUCGUUUGGUACGUAUUUAUUCGUUGGUGCGAAAAUAAAUAGCUACGAUUGAAAUUAGCACUGUCUCUGGGUGUCUGUUUCUUUCUACGUCCUUGUUCAGUUGGCCUACACAUUCUAUCAUGGGUUCUUAGAUGGUCCCAUGUUGCAUACACGUGAUCUUGCACUUCGCAAAAUCUAGCAUUUUUGUAUCGUUAUUUUUAUUUUUUGCCUCUCUUCGGCAUCUGCGGUCAGUUAGGUUUUCGUAGGUGACAGACUGGGCUUCUUGUAAGUCGAACCCAGCACUGCAGUGAAUACAAAUUGUAGCACCACUGGUGUUUUGCAUUUAUAUAGAUCAUCCCAUAAAAUCUUCAUCCAUUUAAUUUUUCUGCAUUCCUACAUGCCACUAAGAUGUUGUUCUAGUAAAAUACAGUCAGACAUGCAAUUGGAAUUAAUAAAGGCAGUUUUAAAUGUAAUUUUAAAGUGUGUUUUGUGUACACGGCUCAUAACUUACUCUGUCUGAUGUAAGUCUGUGUCAAGUAUCUGUUGUUACAUGGCGAUGAGUAUUUAGUUUGCACUUUAUUUCUGAAUGGAAGACAAAGUAUAUAUGUAGAAGACGUAUGACCUUGGCCUGCAAUUCUUUCGAGUACAACUUCAUUGGGUGGAGCUGUUGGUGAUCUUUAUUUACAGUUGCACUGCAUUGUAACAAAGCCACAUCUGACACGAAAAUAACUUUGCUGUAGUACUAUCCAAUAUUUAUAUGCAUCCACGCUGAAACUGGGAGAGGGGGGGAGGGGGAGUCAUGUUCAGGUCUAUGUAAAAGGAAUCCAAGCCUGAUUCCUCGAUGGGCCAGCAACACCCUCCUGCCAAUUUUCAUGGACUGUCCAUAUCUGAUUGAUUUUGAUAUUGGCAUUGUGAAUCUGAUUGUUGCAAACCUGUAUUGCUGGUAUAUAUACCUGCCUUCUCUCUUUAUUUUCCUCCUCCUCCUUGUUACUAUGAACUUCACUAUAAGAGUUUUCUAAAAUUAACGAAAAUUUGAACAACCCAGCUAAACGCCUAUUGUUGUAGUGUAAAAAUAUUUCAGUACUAUGAAUUUUAGAAGACAGAAAAUACUUUUAAAAUACGAGUUGAAAUUUUAUGCUUUCUCUGUAUUCACGGCACCUAAAAAUAAUGAAUUCAUUACUAUAACUAUCGCACACAUUUGCAACUGCGAAACCGCGAAAAAUCCGGCACACCACCAACAGCAGCAGGUAUUUCUUGGACAAUUGCAAAUCCGUGCAAUGCCCAUCGCCAUCACCUGCACUAAGGGCAGCCUGCAGAAAUAAAAACAAUCCUUGUACAACUAGUAGUCAAGUUGGCACUGCGAAGACCGCGAGUUUUUUUUUUUCUUUAAUUCAACAACAGUAAUUUUAUUCAAAUAAUCAAAAAUUGGUAUACGACAUCGUCUGGAUCCUUAGCCAUAGGCUAGUUAUGGAUCCAUGCAGUUAUACAAAGAAAAGUAAACGAUUCAGACACGAGCACAAUCAUUUCUUGUUUUGGAUAGGUUAUGCCUAUUGUAACGAAAUUGUGGCAGUCCUGAAGAUUUGAGGGAAUAAAUCGCCGGUGAAGGGCAAGCUUGCUUAAAUUGCCACCAACUUCCAGGAUCUAUCAGUAAGUUGGCUAAUAACAGAAGAAAAGUAACAAAGUUUGCGAAUGCUUUGGUGCUUCAGUACUGUUUGUGAUGAAGUGCACUGGGGUGCAGCAUGUAUCAGCGAGUUUACGUGCAGCAGGCGCGAAGGCAUGAGGCAUGUUACCUACGCCUUCGCAGAAUGCACAGCUGCAUGGUUUGUGUGCGACAGCUGGCCCAUGCUUGGGAAUGGGUGGGUCAUGGUAGCGGCCACCCUGCAGCAUUGCGUUCCAUCAUACUGCACGUGGAACGUGCACAGAACUGUGGCGCACGUAAUGUCAUUGUUGGCAGAUGUACAGCCGGGCAUACACUCGCUUAGUAUUAAGAUUCGAGGCUUCUGUGAGCUGUGCACGCACUGGCAGAAAGAUGUUGCUUCACAUAAAUGCGCUUUCUCACUCCUGUCAUAUUGAGUUGUCAGUGGCACAAAUGCAUUUGUGGAUGAACUUGCACCCAUAGAUGAUUCCUCUCUUUGAAUUUAGUUUUUAACGUCAAUUUGUGUUUUCGAUGCAACAAUAAUUCGAAAAUAAUGGAAUGAUAGUUGCCGGCCCCAUGAAAUUCGUUUAAUAGACACCUCACUGUAUAUGUGUAUCUGUUUGUGUGUCUGUUCUGGUCCUACCUUUGUUCAAACACCGUCAGUUGUGCAUGUCUCUCGUAAUAAGCCAUAACUGCAUGUAUGACCACAUUUUAUCCCAUGUUCAGAUAAUUAGGCCUUUUAGUUAUUCAAAGGAAGAAACUGGGUGCUCUAGAAGUAAUUACCACAAGUAACAUUGUUACUAGUCAAACCUCGAUAAUACAUACAUGUGUAAUUAAGUAUGGGCUAAGACUGCCAAAUUUGGUUGGUAAUGUCAAUUUGGUAAAUGUCAAAUUUGGUUGGUAAUAGCUUUAUUUCAGUGGAGCAUUCUCCAACAAUAAGAAAAUCAAAAUUUCAGCAUUGAACACAGUAUCAAUUAUAGUUGAGUAAAUUCUUGUUUGCACAUGCCUGAUAGUAUAUGUUCUGAUAACAAAAAUGUCACAGUCGCCAAUUCAUCAGAUGCCUGAUUUUUUCGGACCUGCAUGAUUAUUCGGACUUUUCUGCAGCACCGCCGUCCGCCCUAGCACCAACGCUGUACUGGGCACAUGAUGCGUGAUGUGCACUGUAACAAAGUUCUAACAACGUUGCCACUACGUCGACUAGGCACGAAACCACAACUUUGCAGAUUCCCAACAAAGCAGCGCUGGUUAAGCCUAGUCCUCUAAGCACUUUGGUCAGUGGAGUGGCUGGUGACAAGCUGUCAUGGGAAGCUUGCCAUCAAUGUUUGCACUCUGUAGACUUUAUCGUUGGUUGAGUGUGGGGUCAGAUGCAUGGGCUAGGCUGGCGGCCGUAGCAGUGGAGUACGGAUACACACAUGGUCUUCUCCGAGCUGGAAAAGUCUGUCGGCAGCGGUGCUCAGCAUCUUGAAAUGACACAUAUGUAUUUGUCUCAUUUUGCGCAGCAGACGAUUUUGCGUGCUCUCAGUGAGAGGAUGAAAGAGCGUGAUCGCCUGUGCUGGAACACGGCAGAAAAUGACAUAGUUUCGUUCUCUGUGCGUAUGACUGCAUGACUUUGGAAGAAAACUAAACUAAACGGUAGUACAUCUCUCUUGCUACAGUACGAAGUAAAAUGAAAGCAUGCAGGCAUUUGGUUUGUAUGUUUUAUUAUUUCUCUGAACAUUAGUUCGUCUAUUGAAGCAACAGAUUAAACAAAUAACCGAUGUUACAGUGAAUAAUUCUUCAAGUGAUGUGUUACUAUGAGUGACAUUGCAGCAUGGCCACAUACGUGGGUGUGCUUGCGGAAUUUACGUUGACUCUCUGGCUGAGAGCGUGGCACCCACGAGUAGAAGAGCAAAUGGUGUUUAGUUUGAUAUUUAAGCUCUUGCUCCAGGACAUAGCGAUGUUAUACUUGGCAGACUAUGACCGUUAGCAUGCAUUGUAUGCACCGCGCUUGUCAGUUCAAAAUGGCCAGACCUGGUGAGGGGCCCUUUAAGACAAAGUUUUAUAAACAUUGGCAUAUUUUGGUGCAGUGAGAAACCUUAGGGAAAUGAUUUGGGCCAUUCGUCUGUCAAGCAACUCGGUACUACUCGCUGUCGCGCUUGCUGAGGACCCUUUUUUUUUUCUGUGGCAUGAUGCAGCAAGUUGAGUAGGCUGUGAAGUAUGUCGUACACUUGGUCUUGAGUUAGGCUGGAAAUGUAGAGUGCACCCUUCACUCUGCUAGCAUUUUGUGCAAUGUGCGAUGGUGUGGUCUGCACCACGUGGUGGUGGCUAGUACAAAUGUCAUAUAUGACGAGGCGGAUACUUUAGCCUAAUAUUUUUCGAAAAGUUUGUUUGAUAUUGUAUGCCCCCACCCAUUUCUUAUAUACACUUUCUCAAAUGACCCUCCCCUACCUCCCACCUAUCUCGGCUAGUCUGUUGCUGGAUAUUUAAACGAGGCUUUGUACUGAGGCUUUUGACCUGCUGUAAUGUUCCGAGUCAUCACUAAUUACCAGAAGACCACUUAGUCUCAUAGUUGUACAAAAUAUCAAUAGGAUAAUCCAGUUCAUAUUAAGAACAAAUGUAGUUGGGCAGGUUGUGUACUGUGUUGAGCCGAUAAGCGGUUGUCUAUUUGAGUGAAUGCAAAGGUAAGUUUGACGCAGUCACUGGUGGCAAAAAAGAAUAAUGAUAACAUUAGAAUUAAAUUUGUAAACAUAAGAAUGGUUUGGCUGACGUGGGAGAGGAGCAAUUCAACACAUCACUGGGAGACGUGCAUUGCAGCAAGAGAACACAAAGGCUGGACAUUUCGUAGAAAGGGUUGGUAGUUUUGUCUAAUCUUGUUUCAUCUAGCUGUAUGUACCACUCCCUCUCCAUGCUGAAAUAGGAAUUAGUGUUUUUCUAGACUUACUUUCCUGUACUGGAUUUGGAUUAAGCUGCUGCUGUUUGUGUUGAUGGGUGUUGUUAAUGUUGAUGUCAGCUUGGGAUCUUGCGGUACCUUUGUAGUAGUAUAAAUUGUAGUAAUGCCGACUUUGGGCUUAGCGGAAAGGUACUGGGGUCCAGCAGUACUGAUCAUUUUGGCUUGGUGCAGCGACGUAGUACUGUGGCUGAACAAUUCUGCAGUGUUUGCUGGGUACACUUCGCUCAAUCCUCUAUGCAGUUCCUGUUUUACUUUUUCUCUUCUGCAUUGACGUGAAAAUUUUGAUACAAGUUGUUCGCCGAUGACUCUGCCCACAGUGUUUAACGUACUUGUUCCUUGGACAUAUUGUGCUCUAAGGCCAGGAUUGAGCGCGAGUGGGAAAGAAUUAACUGAAACGCGAGUUUUAAAUUUCCUUACUUGUGUGCGUGACGUUGGCACAGUUUAUUUUUUGACACAGGACUUCUGAUGCUGCAGCAUGUUUACAGGCCAGGUAUGCAGCAAAGCCAUGUGCUGUGUUUCUGAGUAAUUAUGUGCGAGGAAUGCUUUUACUUUUCUUCCCAUUCAGUUCUCUUUUUGGUGCGAUAGUACCUCUGGUCUGUAAAGCUUUGCCAUUUUGGUUAUUCCUGUAUGAAGUCUGCACAUAAAUGGAAUGAUGCAUUGUGGGCUUGUAUUUCAUACAUGUAAAUAUAUAUAUAUGCCUUUAGGAAUGAGCUUUUGAAGCUUCAUUACCUUUGGGCAUGUCGCUACUUUCCAGAUGCAAGUCUAGGCUGUCCAUCUGACAUGUCCAGCUGAUGUGCUUAGGUGCAGAGACCCUUAUCUACUGAGGCAUUGUCUGUGCUGCCAUAAACGACGUAAGCUGUAGUGAAACUUGUUGAUCAAGUUGCUUUUUUUUUUCUAGUUUGUUUUGAGCUGUUUGCAUUUGCUUUGAAUCAUGUGAAAGCAAUGCAAUGCAAAUCCUUGAUUCUGUAUUUAAAAAGACUACAUUGCAAGGUACCCACUCUGUACUUUUGAAUUGUGCAUUACCUGGAAGCGAUGCCUAUAGUUUUAAAAUAAAAGUUGUCUUAAACCUGC